AAAAUGGCACUUAGGAGUUUAGAGAACCUCCCAUGAGAAAUCGCAAGAGAGGAUGAUGGAGAGCUGAUUGAUAAGAGACUACAGUCCUCUUCUGAAGACUCUGAUGAUGACUCUGAUAUGCCAAAGAAAAAGCAUAAGAAAAAGAAAAGAGAUCAGAAAUACAAAAGGAAGAGUCUCAACAGCACACUUAUUGAGAAAGCUAAAAAAGCGAGGAAGUGGAGAAGAGUUAAUGCAGCUAUUUCUAGUGCGACUAAGUUUAGUACAAAGACCUAUACGUUCUCUGAAAAGUCUCCGAAUGGCCAUCGCUUGCCGGUGGCCCAUACACAAACUUUUCCAGACAUCGGUGAUUUGUACUUAACCAUUCAGAAAUAUUCAGACGAUCUAGGUUUUGAAAUCAAAUUUGAUAAGAAGGAUAAAUCUAUUAUCUGCACUAGAGGAGGUGGUAUCAGAGUUGCUACAGUGAAGAAAGGAAAACUUCAGGUUGAAGAGAGUGAAGAAAUGACUGGCUGUCCAUUCAAGAUUACAGUUAAGCAAAAUAACACAGGUGAAUGGAUCGCUAGGUCGGUUACUAACCAGCAUAAUCAUCUUAUGAAGAAAGAAGCCCAACCUGAGUUUGGAGAAGAUGUUCAGAAGAUUAUUUCUAAGUUUCGAGGAGAUCUUGGAGCCCAUAUCUCGAUUAAUGUCAAGAACCAAGCCAAUAUUUCGUACUUUAAGCAUGGCCUUGAGAUGGCUGAGGUGAUCAGAGAAUGAAAGGAGAAAUAUAAGGAGGAAAAGACUGAUGAACAAGAGAUUAUUGAUUACAUUGUUGACUUGAAAAAAUUACCGCCUGACAAUCUUGAUUUGGUCACAAAUCUGGCAAAAUAUUGAAUUGAGAAGCAAAAGGAGUUUCCAUCUCUUGAUUUUAAGGUCAGAAAAGACCUAAGGUACAUCUGCUGGACUUUAGUCAAAAAAGAGCGGAGAGGUGUUAUCGGAGAUGCUAUUAUCAUAGAUACGACCAUGACUCCUGAAUUGAACGGGUCAUGCUGGUACAUGGUAAUUUUUCAAGCUAUAAAUGAGUACGGGAUCAUUGAACCUAUCUUUAUAUGCCUUUGCUCAAACAUUAACUAUAAGAAGAUAGUCUCCAUGAUGAUCUCAUAUAGGCAACUUGGGUUUGAUAAGCCAUUUUCCGUGAUUUGUGAUGACGAGGAUCACAUUCUAACUGCUAUAAGAGAUGAGCUUAAAAUAGGGAAGUUCAAGCAUGAUCCUAGGCUGCUGAUCUGUAAGGACCACAUGUUCUACAGUCUUAGGAAGAGACUAGAGAAGUGUAAGGACCUUGACCCACAGAAGAUCCCAGAAGUGUGAUCAGAGAUAGAUAAGAUCAUCAAUAUCCCUACCAAGGCGAGAUAUAAGCAGCGAUUUAAGAAUUAUAUUUACAAAUUUGAUGCAAUGCCUAAGGCUAGAAAGGUGAUCAAGCGAUAUUUUAAGCAUAAGAAAUAUUUUAAUGAAAUUUUACAUUUUAAGGGACUCAAUAUAUGGAAAAGCAAGCAGAAAGGAAUUUUUGAAAAGAAAAUAGAGGUGGUCGAUGAGAAAGCUUUCAGAAAAUUUGACUUCACACCUGAAGCUGAGAUUCCUCUCCAUCUAGCACAUUAUAAGAAUAGAUACCGUGCUUAUGGGUAUUAUGACACUGAGGUCCCUGUGUACCGAUCAUUUUGAGCAUCUGCAAAACAGAGCUUGCUUAAUAUAAGGUUUCUUAAGAGAUGAUUGUAUACUAACCAUAAGAUAUUAGAUAAUUUACUUGACACUCAUACUAAGAUACACCUUGAUAUUCAAUGAAGAAAGACAUUUCUAGAUGGGUAUCCUAAUUCGACUGAUAUUAUUGAAACUAUCAGAAGGAUCAGUCAGACUAAAAUUCGUAUUAAACGAAAAGAUGAACAUGUUAAUAUUUACAUUGCAGAGAUCAUCAAGGAUGCAGAGUUACCAAAGGAUCUUCCCGAAAACUUGCUGUAUCAUCUUUACUGUUUCAACACAGACAAGGUGUAUAUUCCACAAACCCUCAUCGAAGCUUUGUAUAUCGAUCUUGACCAGUCUCAUGAGCUAGAAAUCCGAGAAGACAGGACACUUUCUUGAACAUGAGGGAGUUUCUACAAGAUAGGCUUUCUAUGAAUUCACAUGUUUGCUCUUCUGGACUAUUUAGACCUCGACUUGAUGAACAACUUAAAUAUGGUCAGAGACUGAUGGCUGAAGAAGGUCCCUACUGUAAAGGGUCUAGACUAUCAAUUCAAGACAAUCAUGAGGUACUUCAAUAAAUAACUUAUUUAAU